AUGCCAUUUGGAAUCUCAUCUGGUCCAGAAGAAUACCAACGAAGACAGCGAGAAUUUCUGGAGGGCUUGGAGGGUGUCAUAAACAUCGCUGAUGACAUUUGCAUUUUUGGAUGUGGAGAUACAGACGAACAAGCAAGUAAAGAUCACGAUAAGAACUUAAUUGCAUUACUGGACCGAUGUAGCGAACGUGACCUGCGAUUAUCAGCCAAGAAAAUCCAACUCAAAGCAACUUCGGUCUCUUUCAUGGGACACAUCCUCACUGACAAAGGCGUUGCCCCUGACCCAUCCAAAGUGAUUGCUAUACAAGAGAAGCCAAAGCCUGUCGACAGAAAUGGAGUUCAACGUUUCUUGGGAAUGUGUCAAUACCUGUCGAAGUUUUGCCCAAAACUGAGUAAGAUUGUCUUACCAUUGCGAGAUCUAACUAGAAUCAACGUAGAAUUUAUAUGGACAGAUGUUCACGAAAGCGCUUUCAACUCGGCGAAAGAUCUCAUUGCAUCCAGCACUAUUCUGCAGUACUACGAUGUCACGCUACCUGUAACCUUGCAAGUAGAUGCUUCAGAUGAAGCAAUUGGUGGGGUUUUACUUCAGAACGGGAAGCCAGUGUGUUUUACGUCGCAUACUCUUGAUUCAACUGAAAGAAACUACGCGCAGAUUGAGAAGGAGUGUCUGGCCAUCGUUACUUGUAUGAGCAAAUGGCACCAAUACCUCUACAGGAAGAAAAACAUCCUCGUUCACACAGAUCAUCAGCCACUGGAAACAAUCUUCCAAAAAUCGUUAAGUAAAGCACCUAGACGACUUCAGCGCAUGAUGCUGAAGUUGCAACAGUACCAUUUCUCGGUCCAGUACAAAAAAGGAAAGGAGAUGUAUAUAGCAGAUACUUUGUCUCGAGCAGCUUUAACCAAUCCCACGGCAAUGGGGACAACUGAAGAAGAAGUGUUUCGCCUGGAAUUAUCAUCGAUGGACCUUAAACCACCUAACUUGUCUAAUGUCACCUUGGAGCGGCUAAAAGAAGAAGUAUCAAGCGACGCAACAUUGAAAUCACUUUAUGAAACAGUACUAAUAGGAUGGCCGUUAGAUAGAGCAUCGCUACCUGCAGACCUUCGGCCAUAUUGGUCUUUCAGAGACGAGAUUUCUAUUGACAACGGUAUACUAUUGAAGUCUCAUCAAGUAAUCAUCCCGCCAUCAAUGAGACAAGAGAUGUUAAAAAAGAUUCACAAAGCUCAUCAAGGUGCAGACAGAAGUAUAAGGAGAGCCCGAGAAACACUAUUCUGGCCAUGUAUGUCAGCGGCAAUACGCCAAACCUGCUCAACAUGUGGUCUGUGUGCACAUUAUAAAUCAGAACGACCAACCGAACCGAUGAAAUCUCAGGAGAUUCCCACACUUCCAUGGGAACGAAUAAGUGUUGAUCUAUUUCAAUUGGAUGGUAAAACGUACUUGGUAACUGUUGAUCAUUACAGUGAUUUCAUAGAAAUUGAUUGGCUAAAGAAUACUUCAGCAACGGCAGUCAUCAAUGCUAUGAAAAAGAACUUUGCCAGAGCAGGAAUUCCUCGUGCAUGCGUCAGUGACAAUGGUCCACAGUUCAGUAGUCAUGAGUACAGCCAAUUUGCCAGUGAAUAUGGAUUCAAACCAGUUAAGUCGUCGCCUUAUCAUAGCAAAGGCAACGGAAAGGCAGAGUCUGCGGUAAAGGUGGCGAAAAAUAUUCUAAAGAAAGCGCGGCAUGAAGAUCCCUACUUGGCAUUGCUGGCAUACAGGAACACUCCACAACAGGGCCACAAGUUUUCACCUGCUCAGAGGCUUAUGAAUCGGAAACUACGAGAUAUCACUGUGUCAGUACCUCAACAACUUAAACCACAUCCUGUUUCCAGCACUGAAGUUGUGAAUGAUAUAAUGUCGCGUAGAGUCCGGUCCAAACAACUGUAUGAUAAAAGAGCAUCACCCAAACCUUUGAAAUCGUUCUCGCGAAAUGACCAAGUCUUCGUGAAACCAAAUCCGAAAAAUAAACACAAGCCAUGGAUAUAUGGAGAAGUCGUAAAAAAUCGUGGCCAUCGGUCGUGUGUCGUGAAUACGGCUGUUGGACUAAUUCAACGAAACCAUAAACAACUCCAAAAAGCUGAUGUCACACCGCAGGCUUUCAACAAAACGAACCAUGAAGAAUUAGAAAUAGUAUCCCUCCCAGACGAAACCUUACCAUCAUCAAUAGCAUUACUUACGGAAACAACCGAGGAACAAGUAACGGCGCUACCAUCUCCAGCAGUGGAAAUACAGCCAGCACCUCUACGUCGUUCGACAAGAAUUCGUAAAUCGCCAGUAAGACUUAAAGAUUAUAUACGGUAA